UCGGGGUAUAUAGGUGCCGAGGCGUCGCUCUCGGGCCCGAUUUUUCCGCCCGCUCGGCCACCAGGAGGAACCACAAGAAUGAAUUCACACACGGGAAAGCUUUUGCUUUCCCUUGGUACCUUUCUUGCUCUAGUGACUUCCCUAUCAGCAGGGCCGAGUGAGGAGAAGGGAAGAGUCGUAUGCUACUUCAGCAACUGGGCGAUCUACCGUCCGGGUAUCGGCAAAUACACGGUCGAUGACGUGCCGGCUGACCUCUGCACCCACCUCAUCUACUCGUUCAUCGGCGUGAGCAACGUCACCUGGGAGAUUCUCGUCCUCGAUCCUGAGCUCGACAUCGAGCAGUCAGGCUUCGUCAAGUUCAAUGCCCUCAAGAAGAAGUUCCCUGGCCUGAAGACGGAGGUGGCUCUCGGCGGUUGGGGCGAGGGCGGCCGAAAGUACAGUGCCCUCGUCGGGGUCAAGAAGCGCCGCGACGCCUUCAUCAAGAGCACUGUCGAAUUCAUGGAGAAAUACAAUUUCGAUGGCUUCGAUCUCGAUUGGGAGUAUCCAGGCGCUGCUGACCGUGGGGGUAAAUUUUCCGAUAAGGACGUAUUCUUCUAUUUCGUGGAAGAAUUAAGACGAGCUUUCAACAGAGUGGGAAGAGGCUGGGAGAUCACAAUGGCCGUGCCUCUUGCUAAAUUCCGACUUCAAGAAGGUUAUCACGUACCCGAGCUUUGCGAAAACGUCGAUGCUGUCCACGUGAUGUCGUACGAUCUACGGGGCAAUUGGGCAGGAUUCGCGGACGUACACAGCCCCUUGUACAAGCGCACCCAUGACCAAUGGGCCUACGAGAAGCUGAACGUGAACGACGGUCUUCAACUAUGGGAGGACAUGGGCUGCCCAGCCAAUAAGCUAGUCGUCGGCAUCCCAUUCUACGGGCGCACCUUUACCCUCAGCAAGAGCAACAACAAUUACAAUCCUGGUACUUACAUCAACAAGGAGGCCGGUGGCGGCGAACCCGGCAAGUACACCGGCGCCAAGGGCUUCCUGGCUUAUUACGAGAUUUGCACGGAAAUCAUGAAGCCGGAUUCUGCAUGGACAAAAAAAUGGGACGAGGGUGGAAAAGUUCCUUAUGCCUUCAAAGGAACGCAGUGGGUCGGAUACGAGGAUCCACGGAGCGUGCAAAUCAAAAUGGACUGGAUCAAGUCCAAAGGGUACGCAGGCGCCAUGACCUGGGCCAUCGACAUGGACGACUUUCGUGGCUUGUGCGGCAGGAAAAACGAUUUGUCCCUCAUCAUCUACGAGAGCAUGAAUGAUUACGUAGUCCCCAAGCCACAUCAUAGCACCACACCAAGACCCGAGUGGUCGCGACCGAAAAGCACGACCGCUGAUCCAGCGGAGAAUUACGUGACUACAACGACGCGCGAGACCGAGGAGACGACGCGGCCAACGAGGCCGACACAUCCCGUCCAGCCGACGAGACCAUCCACGAAGCCUUCUUCCACCAAACCCCUAACGAAGCCCACGACACCGGUUACUCUCGUCGACGAGGUUGACGACAGUGACAACGAAAUCAAAUGCGCUGAGCAGGAUUUUAUGCCCGCCAAGGACUGUGACUCGUACUACAGGUGCGUUUAUGGAAGGCCAUUGAAAUUUCAAUGCCGUGACGGUCUUGUAUACAACACCGAUAAAUAUAUUUGCGAUUGGCCACAAAACGUCGAUCGCCCCGAUUGCGAAUAGACUCGAAUACAUCACAUAAGCUUCAAGAAUUUUCAAUCGGCCAGACAAUAUAAAACGAAAUAAAAAAAAUAAUUCAUCCAUUAUUGCCCAUCCAGUUAUAAAUAAUUAAAUAAGAAAAAAGUGAUAAUUGCUUAUAGAAAACAAUGCGUAAGAUAUGUUUUCAUCCAGUACAAUAAUACUUGUUAAGAUUACAUUUACGUCAAAUAUUGCAUUUCAGUUC